GCAUUUGAGUGAGAUGUGAUGGUGAUUAAUCCCUUAACCACAUGCAGAAUUUAUUUAUUAGUUUCUUAAGUUGGAUUGUCGUUUUUUUUAAGUUGGGAAGAUGUAGUAGACAGGCAGGUAUUUUGGACAGCUGGUAGGGACCCAAGUUUUUAUUGCUCACACAAAUGCAUAAGAAAUGAAAAAUUUAACCAGGUGCUUUGCCAUCACGUAAAGGCUGAAGAAAGGCUUUCAUACUUGACAGAGACUCUAGCUCUGUCACCUUGGAUGCUGUAACAUGACUUCAGGCUAUAACAUGUUUCAUUAUAAACGUUUUGUGACUGAGAGGGGAGAAAUGAAGCCUGGGGCCAAAACUGAGGUGGGGGCUUCCCCAGAGGAUGAAUUAGCAGGGAGGUAGCUAAGGCAGGCUCUGGUGCUAGUGCAGCUGCUGGUUUGUGACCUGAGAGCAGCUGCCGGGAGGGAGGAGAUCAGCCUCUCGCUCUGAAGGGGCUGGUGUGUCACUUUGCCGUGCAGAGCGUGUGUGGUUAAUGUGAGCUGCUGCAAACACUGCUGCCGGCUCCAGCCGCGGGUACGGAGCGAGCUGGGAGCAUGGGGCAGGUGGCUUGGAAGGCUUUAUUUCUAUCGCUUUUUGAUUACAAAACAGAGAAAUACGUCAUUGCGAAGAACAAGAAGGUGGGGGUUCUCUAUCGAGUGGUGCAGCUCUCCAUCCUGGCAUACCUGGUGGGGUGGGUGUUUGUUGUCAAGAAAGGCUAUCAGGACACAGACACGUCCCUCCAGAGCUCUGUCAUCACCAAGCUGAAAGGGGUAGCCUUCACCAACACCUCGGAGCUGGGGGAGAGGCUGUGGGAUGUUGCAGACUACGUCAUCCCUCCACAGGUGCCUGCUCACGCACACAGCCGGUGUGACACACGGCGGGGCUGGACACACUGCUGGUUCCUGUUGUGGGGUGAAAAUGUCUUCUUUGUCAUGACGAAUCUGAUUGUGACCCCAAACCAGAGGCAAGCCACGUGUCCUGAGGUAGGAAGAACUGAGCCCCUUGGCCCCCAGACCCCUACAAAACUGGGGAGCAUCAGCAUCCCCAGCGCCCUGUGCUACAAGGACGAGGACUGCCUGGCAGGGGAAGCAGUGGUGGCUGGCAAUGGGGUUAAAACUGGCCGUUGUGUGAAAGACAGGGACAGCAUCAGAGGGACUUGUGAGAUACUGGCCUGGUGCCCAGUGGAGAAAAGGUCCAAACCCAAGAAACCGCUUCUCGCCAGUGCAGAAAACUUCACUGUUUACAUCAAGAACUCAAUCCACUUCCCCAAGUUUAAGUUCUCCAAGAUGAACGUGCUGGCCACCAACAAUGAGUCCUACCUGAAGAGCUGCUACUACAGCAAGGAGCAUCCCUACUGCCCCAUCUUCACCCUGGGGAACAUCGUGCAGUGGGCUGAGAGCGACUUCCAGGAAAUGGCCUUGGAGGGUGGUGUGAUAGGAAUUCAGAUUGAAUGGAACUGUGAUCUUGAUAAAGCCCCUUCUGAAUGUAAUCCUCACUAUUCUUUUAGCCGGCUGGAUAACAAGUUUGCAGAAAAGUCCAUCUCUUCUGGGUACAACUUCAGGUUCGCCAAAUAUUACCGGGAUGCUGAGGGGGUUGACUACCGGACGCUCAUUAAAGCAUAUGGAAUCCGCUUUGAUGUGAUGGUGAAUGGCAAGGCAGGGAAAUUUAACAUCAUUCCCACCAUUAUCAAUGUUGGUUCGGGGCUUGCUCUCAUGGGAGCGGGAGCUUUCUUUUGUGACCUGGUGCUGCUGUAUCUGAUUAAAAAGAGUAACUUUUAUCGAGGGAAGAAGUAUGAGGAAGUAAAGUCCAGUUCCAGGAAACCGUUAUCUAGCCCUACGCUGAACGGGAAUCAGAGCCCCGACCAGCUCGGUGGGCUCUAGGCACAGUGAUGGGUCUGCCAGCUGGACGUGUGUCCCAGGAAAACCAUGCAGGUGUGAAAUCACACCAGCACUGGGAGGUGGAGAUACCCCAGAUCAGGUCCGCUGUCUAUUAUCGGGAUACCCAGGGGAAAAAAAGUCCUUUAAAGACCGCCCUUCUUUCCCUGAGAUACUCUCUGGUAUCCUGAGCUUGCAACAGUGUGUCGUCACUAUGGAUUUAUAAAAGGAUUUUAUAAAAGGAAAAAGAAGGCACCAAAUGAAUGUUUUUGUAUCUACUGGUAGAUGUAUGUGUACCUACGUUGGUAGCCAGCGUUAUCCUGUGGCUGCGCUUUGCUUCCACAUGCAGAAGAGCCGUGAUGUGAAACAUCACUGGCACUCCAAGAAGUGCCGAGGCUGAUGUUCAACCUGUCUCCUGCUCCCCUGGCUUGUGGCCACCGCUUCCAGCUCUCGCUUGUGUUACGUGCAGCUUUAGAUGUAAAGCAGCAGGACUGCUCUUGUCGGCAAGCGCAACGAAAGGCAGCAGUUAGCGGCUCUCAGAGCCAGGAGGGGAAGGGGCUCGUUGUCCUUCAGCACCCGUGCCAGCCGGGCCUGUGUCAGUGGGGGCCAUUACUCUUACUGCGGGGGUUGCGCAACGAUAGCGCUAGAAGCGGUGCUCCUCUGGGCAAAGCCUUUGCAACAGCUGCAACAAGGUGCUCAGCUCAUCUCAGGAACAGAAUGUCCUGCUGCAGCUCUGAACGGAGCGUCAGUUCAGCCACUGGGUCCCAGCUACCUCACCCACUACCCACCGGCUCUGGCUGUAGCUGGCCCAGGGAACCGACACUUGAGCCCAGCACAGGUAACAGCCGGCAGGAGGAUUUCUGAAGCGAGGCAGGGAGAUGGUUCUGUGGCUGACCGUGGAGGGAAAAGGGUGUUAACGCACUGAAAAGCAACAUGGUACUGGCAGUAUCUGCACAAGGACAGUCUCAUGUUCUCCCUCCUCCUUUGUUCAGUGGCUGGUUUCAUUUGCUGGGGACUGUCCUUCCUGCGUAACUUACCCAUUGCUUGUGGUGGGGAGAAAUCUGGGCGGCACACUUCAUCCUUCUGCUGUUUCUUGUAGCACCCUGAACAGUACUGCAGAGGCUGGGAAGGGGACCUCUGUCAGGUGAAACGGAUUUUUCCAGGUUCUGCCAAAUACACCAACAGGAGGAAAAGUUUAGAAGACAGAUGUAUGCUACUUCAGCACUCCGGUAACUUCCAAGAAAUGAGGGCUGCUUUGUUUCUCAGUAGAGAAGCAAGAUCACUGCAGCCCACUUCGUGAAUUUCUGCUCAUGUGGGGAUGUAACUAAUCUCAGGAGAGAAGAGUGCUUACAGAACGUCAUCGUUGCAAGUUCGCAUUUGCCCGAGCUGACAGGAACCAUCUCACCAGCUCCUGAAGACAGCAGGUGAAUAAAUACCCCUGCUUCAUUGAAAGCUUCGACACCGUGGCUUGGUACAAACCGAGCAGUAUUCUGUAGAUGCUGCCACACUGUCAUGGAUCAGAAGUUGUCAUGCUAAAGGUUGUUCCUGUGCACGCUUUGAAUAUGCGGAUUUAAAGGACUCCUGCUGCAGCGCCCUUGCCUAGUGCUUGGGCAGCCAUAGAGGGUGGUGCUGCAGGGAGCUGCUGUCACCAAGUGUUGCGCACAAACAGGACAGCGAGCUGCACUCACCUGUGCUCUAACUGCUGCAGGGUGGUUACUCUGAGGUACGGGUUGACUCUCAAUUAAAAUUCACCCUUGUUAGCAGUGGCAAACUUCGAAUCCAGCCAUUGAGAGCAACCCCCACCCAGUCUCAUCCACUCCUGCUGCUUCUGUUCAGAUGCAAGUGAGUUACCGAGUCAAACAUUUAGACAGAAAAUAGAACUAAACAGUGGACUUAAAAUAAUUUGAGGAUAAGCUGUGUACCUCUGCUACAAUCACAUCCCAUGCUGCCUCUCUUCAUGCCACAUGCCUCUCCUCUAGGCAAACAUGAGUCAAGAUGCACAUAACUGCACUAGUCAGGCCUGGCAGAAUUAUCGUGCCGCUGCAACAGCACAGGCUUUUGACUGUCAGAGCUUAAUUCUGUUUGAAUAAUUUCUAGAUAGUGAACCCCACAUGUGACAUCAGGCCAAGCCACAGCUCAUGGAGCCCAAGUAGCUCAUCGUAACGUGUAAAGCUGACCGUGCUCUACUGAAACCAGUGUUUCAACUUAACAAAGCACCAUCCUCUUGGUAGACGACCAAAGCUGUUUCCUGAAUUUAAGUCUUCAGGCCCUCAAAAUCCCCUAGAAUAUUUCCCCUCCUUAUUCCACCUGUUUAACACAAUUCCUACAACUGCUGCUGCUAAUAAAACGUAACCAGAUUCCUUUUUCUUUAGGUUUGAUUUCCCCCCCCGCCUCCUUGUGUACAGCAAUAAAAUUUGUCGCUUUAGGGCAAUGUUCGCCAUGGCAUUUCUGUUUAGCGUGGGUUUUAGGUUGCAGAUAUCACCUCUUUGUGAAAACAUACUUGUGCUAAGCAAGUCAACCGAACACUAGGUUUGCAAAGCCGAUCUAUAGCAAAGCUGUUACCUGUACGGCAGGUAGUUGAAUUUGCCCUUCUGUUCCUGCCAGAGGCAUAUGGAACCACAGCAAAGUACUGUUCAAUCACAGAAAAUGCCAGCAGGCUGAGUGUGUUCAGUGCAGACCAAGCUGGCAGGGAAUAACACGCUGCACUUACCCGACUGUCUACAUUUCACGGGACACAACUGUACUAAAAAGGAGCAAAGCGUCUGACUUGCGAGAGCAUUGCUUAACGACCACUGUGUACGCCAGCGAGGAGCAUCCAUGACAGCGUAACUUGCUGACAGCGUGUAUGUAACAACUGCGGAAGAUGUUUGCAACUCAAAUACAUUUCUGUACCGAAUCUUUACAUACAGUUAAUUACAUGUUACUGCGCAGUA